AUGCAUAUGCGGUUCCUACUCUCAGUUUUUGGCCUCGUCUUAUGCUCACCGUCGACAUUCAAGACUUUGGCUGAAAAGAGCCAGCCGCCCAGGGCUGCUGGAGGCUAUCAUGGCGAACCUGCCUUUGGCAUUGAAUUCACCCUGGACCACGUCCUCGCUUCAGUGACCCUGGCGAACACGUCAACUUAUGCUGUCGCAAAAGUCCACGGAGGCGAGGCUUACCAGAAUGUCAUGCGCCAGUACCUCGGCGUCUGCCAUCAAGCUCACCUGACUCAAUCUGCACCUAUAGAGGGGUUGCAGGAGGCAUGGGAGCGAGCCCGUGAGAAGGAACGAGAGCGGCAACACCAACUGAUCCGUGACCCCGAGUCUUCCUGGUGGCACGUUCUCGAGGUGUUUGUUCCCCGCAGACCUACGCAUUCGCCUUCGAUCUUCGAUACCGAUGAGUUCGUCGACGAUGCCGAUGCAGCAGUUCUUGCAGCGGCGAUCAAAGAUCUGAAAAGCAGCAUGGAACCGCAGAUGAAGCGUCAGUUCAAUAUCACCAGCAUCAGGCCAUGGGAGUACGCCAAAAUCGCCGUUCCCGACUUCUUCUUCACGACAAUCAAGCCUCGGACAGACUCAGAGAUAUUCCAGGAGGUAAGCUGGAUGGCGAACGACAAUCUGGAAUCCUUGUGGUACUGGCAUAUCACAAGGAAGUUCUCCGCGGCCGUGUACCGUAAUCGAUUUCGCCUGGACGAAUCUUCGUAUUGGCGUCAGGUCCUGGACGCUGCUGUAGACGCCAAGCAGAUUAGACCAGCGGCGUACAACACCUUAUCCUACACGGAAAAGCACCAUUGUGUUUCUCCGGACCAUAAAGCGACCUCAAGACUCCAGCAGUGCGGACCAAAGACGCUUUCACCGACGAGCAUCGUCAUCGACUUCAGCAAUGCUAGCCUUUCGCUCUGGUUAGAAGGACCGCGACCGUACUGGACUCCAUGGAGUACCUUCCCAGAGUUCGGUGGGCACACCUUCGAAGGUCGGAAAAGCAGAGAUGGCAGCUUGGAAGAGCAUUGGGACCAGACCGUUGCAAAAGUCGACGACCUUAGCAAGGGCAUUGACGCCGCUGGCCGUACUGUCGUAGAUGUGAUCUUGAGUGGCGAGGCCUGGUCCGAAAAGCAUCUCCUGGUCUUCGGUCAAAGGCUGCAGGCCAACCAAGAAGCCCGUAUGGUCGAGAUCGCGAAUGUCGUUCGGCAGCCUGAUGUUUUCGCGGCGAGCAAACAAGCGGCAAGACAGGGUCAUCUUGUGUUGUACCCUUGGUAUGCAGAAGGGCAUGAUGAGCUGUAG